AUUUUCAUAUUCCAGGAAGAUCAACACAAAAAAACCAUUUCUUUGGACGACAGUGAUCUUGAAGCUCGUUUCAAUAGUUGGAAUCUUGGGCUAGAAAAUCCAAGAUAUUUGCGAGAGAAGCCCAUACCUCUGUCUCUGAUGACACCCAAAAUAGGCUUGGGAAAAAUUAGCACUUUUCGUGAUGAACAGUCAUUGUUUCGCAUGCAUGAAAAAGAGCUGGAGAUGAAAACAAAAAUAAUGGAAGCUAAAUUUCAUGAAGAAAAGCUUAAAUUACAGCAGAAGCAUGAUGCGGAUGUUCAGAAGAUUUUGGAUAGAAAGAAUAAUGAAACUGAGGUAUUGAAGACCCUCUACAAAACUAAACAGAAUGAAGCUGAGGAGACUAUUAGGAAGCUAGAGAAGAAAGUUCAGACCCUUGUUCGCGAGUCACAAGUUGUCAGAGAAACUAAGGAAAAGCAGAUUAUGGAGUUAAAGAAGUUGUGUGAGCAAAGCACAGAUUCUUUGAACAAUGACUGGGAGAAAAGGCUCCACAAUGCUGUGGCAGAAAUGGAAAAGGAAAAAUUUGAUCUUCAGAAAGACACAGAAAAUAUCCAAGAACUGCUUGAGGACACAAAUGGUCUUAGUAAAAUGGAGACAGAGUAUUUGGCACAGACAAAAGCAACUAACCAGAUGGUCAAAGAACUGGAGGCCCGUGUCCAGCAGCUGACUGUAGAGGCUGAAAAUAGUAAUUUACAGCGUCAGAAAUUAUCUCAAGAAAAGACUGAUCUAGAGCAAUGCUACCAAGCAGUAUGUGCUGAACUGCAAGAGAUGAAAUCAAGGUGUAACUCCCUUCAGAAAGAGAAGGAUCGCAUUAUACAAGAUUAUGAACAGAAUAUUCAACAACAACAAAACAAAUAUGAUAUUGACAUAAGUUUUAUGAAACAGGAACAUGCUCUCUCUGCGGCUAAGGCAUCUGAUGUGAUUGAAGAAUUAGAACAGAGGGUGUCUGAAUUAAAACAACAGUUACAAGAAUCAGAACAUCAAAGGCAGCAACAGCUGAGGGAUCAAGAACACAAAUUUCAACAGGAAAAACUUCAUUUAGAGCGGAUUCAUGAAAAAAAGAUUCAUGGCUUCCAAAAUGACCUUGAUAAAGAGAGAGGGGAUGCUCAAAAGAAAAUUCGCAAACUGGAAGAGGCUUUGAAGGAGAAGGAGGAGCAGCUGACUCGGGUGACAGAGGUACAGAGGCUGCAGGCCCAGCAGGCAGAUGCUGCCCUGGAGGAGUUUAAGCGGCAGGUGGAGUUGAACUCAGAAAAAGUCUAUGCUGAAAUGAAACAGCAGAUGGAAAAGGUGGAAUCAGAUCUAAGCAGAUCAAAAUCUCUCCGUGAAAAGCAGUCAAAAGAAUUCUCUUGGCAGUUGGAAGAACUCAAACAAAGAUAUGAGCAACAGAUAGUAGAGCUGAAGCUGGAGCAUGAACAGGCGAAGACGCACCUAUUCCAGCAGCACAACACAGAGAAGGAUUGCCAGGUCCGAGAUCAUGAACGGGAAAUUGAAAAACUGGAAAAACAGCUCCGCGCUGCCAUGACGGAGCACGAGAAUAAAACUCAAGAAUGCAGGAAACGAGAUGCACAGAUUAUCCAUGAUAUGGAGGCCCAAAUCCACAACCUGAGAGAAGAGCUUAUUCAGGUAAAUGCUCAGCGGAAGCAACAGUUGGUAGAGCUUAGUCUUCUGCGGGAAGAAGAAAAGCAGCGGGCUGCUCGGGAUCAUGAGACUGCAGUGAAUAAGCUUAAAGCAGAGUCGGAAAAGAUGGCCUUAGAGCUGAAAAGGACACAUGCUGCAGAGACAGAGAUGACAUUGGAAAAGGCCAACAGCAGGUUGAAGCAGAUUGAAAAGGAAUAUAGUCAGAAGUUGGCCAAAUCUUCACAGAUUGUAGCUGAACUUAAGACAACCAUUUCCUCUCUGACAGAGGAGAGCAACCAGCAGCAGCUUGCUGCAGAAAGGCGGCUCCAGGAUGUUGUACAAAAGUUUGAAGAUGAGAAGCAGCAAAUGAUUAGAGAUAAUGACAGAGCAAUCAAGGCUUUACAAGAUGAAAUGGAAAAUUAUUGCAAUCAGGUACGAUCUACAGAAAAGAAGCUGCAGCACAAGGAGUUGGAGACACAGGAACAGGUGACAUACAUACGACAAGAAUAUGAAACCAAACUCAAAGGUCUGAUGCCAGCAUCUUUGAGAAAGGAACUCGAAGACACCAUUGCAUCUUUAAAAUCUCAGGUAAACUUUCUGCAGAAGAGAGCAUCUGUCCUACAAGAAGAACUGAAUGUGUACCACACCAGAAGGUAACUGCUGGAGCAGAGGAAAUUGUUCAAGUGACAAAUGGACUUCUUUCAGCAGGUUUGAAGAUUUGGAUCUUGUAAAUUAAACUGUGAGAUCAGUGGCUGUUUUGUUAGCACAGAAAAUGUAAUUAAGCUCAUGAAAGCACAUUCAUCAUUCAUGCCAGUAUUUUUUGAGUUGUAUCUUACUUGAAUUAUUUUUUGCCAUUAUCUUAUUACAGAUUUACAAUUUUGAUAUAUUAAGUUUAUGUGCAUGCUCAAUUUACUUACUGCGAAACUAAAUUCCUUCGACUAUUGGUUUUGCUAUUACUUCCUAAUAUAAUUUUUAUUCAAUUUUAUACAUGAUAAAAUCAUGUUUCUAUUAUUAUUAUUACCCAAUAUAUUUUUAAAACAUAUUUACAUUGUUUUCAUGUUCAUAUGUUUACAUAAUAUUAAAAUAUUAUUUUGUACUUUUUUCUUUUGA